AUGAGCCGUGCUUUCUCUCGAUCAAGAGCCCUUAUGGGCCCCGGACGGGCCGAUGUUGAACUCGCCAUGUCCAAGUGGUGGACUAAGAAGAGACCUGCUGAGGGACAAAUCACGCAAACAAUCUCUGCCCACGAGCAACACCCUGUCGGACCAUGGCUCAGAACUUUCCCCAAGAAAACCAUUGAACGUGCCCCUUCGUACAUUAUCUGGCUUGGAGGAUCCUUUGCCCUUACCUACGGAAGUAUUGCCUGGGCGGAAGCCUUGACCAAGGCCGAGGAUUACAGUCAUCGACCAUAA